AUGGCAUACUCGAAGAGAUUGUGUCCGUACGAUGGCAUACUCGAAGUUAUUGUGUCCUUACCAUGCUUACGAUGGCAUACUCAAAGAGAUUGUGUCCAUGCUCGUAGUGAUUGUCUCCAUACGAUGGCAUGGUCGAAGAGAUUGCCUCCGUAUAAUGGCAUACCCGAAGUGAUUGUUUGCCUUAAAAAGGUUACCGUCCAAGCUACCUGUGUUACCCUUACUGCUAUGUCUGUUGAUCGAUACAUAUUAAUCGUUCAUGCAGUCAAAUCACGUACUACGAGAACUACUAACAAGGCUGUGUUUAUCAACGUUUCCAUAUGGCUCGUUUCGUUCCUCGUCCACCUUCCUGUUGCGAUAUACCAAACGUACAAAGUCGAGGCCAACGUGUGCAUCAUGCCCAUGGGUCCUGACAACGCCAACGAGAAGUACUACUAUCUCUUUUCCUUCAUCUCCAUGUACCUGCUACCGCUCAUCAUAAUCCUGGUCUGCUACGCUAACAUCCUUCUCAUGGUAUGGAGGAAGUCCAGCGCUGGAACGGAGAGUGCAGCGGCUCACGAGAGAUCCAUACGACAGAAGCGCAAGAUAACCCGUAUGGUUUUCAUCGUCGUACUGCUCUUUGCAGUCUGCUGGUUGCCCAUACAAUGUAUUUUGCUUUGGAACAACUUUCACUCCAAACUCGCCCAGUCCAUGAAUCCCAUAACCUUGGGCAGUCUGCACUUCUUCUCACUCUGUCUCAGCUACGCAAAUUCAUGCGUAAAUCCAUUUAUAUAUGCGUUUACCACGGCAAGUUUCAAGAAACACUUCAAGCGGGUAUUUGCAUUCUGUGUGGAGCCAGAGGAGAGUACAGACGAGAAGCCGACCGGAAACUCCGGCUAUAGAAAAGCAGGCAAGUACCUUAAUGAGUACUCAUCUGUCAACACCUGUGAUACUAAAUUGUGAGCUAUUAAAAAAAUCCCCGAAAAAUCCUAUUUCUGGAGAGAGAAAUAAUGACAGAACAUAAGUAGAUGGAUCUCGAAUGGACAAAACCAGUAGGUGCGUUUAUCAGUAUCAGACCUGGUCGACGUGUAGGCAUAGAUCAAACACUGUGAUGGGGAUAGGGUAAGAACGAAGAACAGAAAGGGUAUUCUGCUUUUUGACAAGGUCACUGAAUGUUAGAAUCUCAAUGCUCGUACUGAGACAUGAAUUGAGCUGGAAGAGUAUGGCCGAACACCAGAGGUCGAGGAGAAUGACUGAUGAUGAAAAUAUAGGAUUGGAAGAAUGUAAGACGAUUGAAUCUAUUGAGGAAAAGCCAAAUAGUAAGACUGCGUGAAGAAACUAAGACUACAAUAGAGCUAAACGACGUCUCAAUGCUCUUAUCUAUUUCAGAUCAAACUUCAAUCAAACGAACGAUGCUGGCAAGUCAAGCGAGGACAGUAGGCAAUUAACGUGGUAAAUUCUAGUUCAUAGUACAACCUGAAGUAAGAGUUAUUAGGACUAUGCCUUGAGAUGACUUACAGGAUGAUUCCAAGGGUUUGGCUACGCGUCUUACACUCCACUACCAGGGUCCAGAUUCCGUUCUAACAGCUUAACUGUUAACAUGGUUAAACAAGACAUUUAAGAAAAUGUGUGAUGAAAGCUAUGACGUAUGAAAGCAUUGUGCCAUGAUCGUUCCGAUUCCGUUUCCUCCUAACUUACUGUUGGGCGAUUAACUUACCUAAUCUUUUUAAGGGGGAACGCUACGUUAUUUGUGUACUGGUGAUUCAAGAGAUGAGAAUAUGCAUCGGAACAAUGCAGAUGAAGAUAUCCCCCGAUAUUACGCGCCAUUAUUGCAGUCGUUGUGUUAGAAAACUGGGAAAAUAACAUUGUGAGAAAUGUAUAAUUUUUCCCUAGGGAAUAGAUUUUCUGCUUUGCGUCACGUUGUCUGUUCUCUAUUUACUUCCCUGUGGCGGAGACGGUUGUCUCAAACAACAGACUGGACAACAAAGGCGGAAUCAGACAGAGAAACAGCUCCUCUGUCCAUCUUACUUGGAGCAAUAACUUAUCUUAGCUCAUCAGUAGGAUCGUUACCGGAUUGGCUAAUGGAUUGACAAACUAGCAAGAUUGCUGGUAGUGAUAACCUACAAAGCCUGGAUCGCCGAUUGUCCGCUCGUUCCAUGAUACCAUCCUAAUUUUAUAGUGGCAUCGCAGCACUAGUGGUGGAAUCCGAUGACGCUUCCGCAACCGCCCGAACGAACGUUUCAUCUUCAAAUUACCCAUAUCCCCCAACGGGUGCUCGGCUAUUCGGAUGAAAUGUCACCGUUAAAGUGAUCUUGAAAAAUGACGCGGGCAUUCUAUGUCUGUUCCGAUGUUUAUCGCACUUUAGUUUGGGUUUCUCUUACUUUUUAUGUUGCUAGCAUUGAAUGACAAUUUCUCUGUAGGUGCCAGUAAAAUGA